GCCCGCGAAACUUGCCUUUGUUUACAUCAUGGACGUCGUACCCUGAUAUUUUUACUGGUGAAUUGCUACUAGGUUUCGCACGUUUCAUUAGUACUGAUGGUAUUGUAGAGAAUGUUAACUACAGGUAGAAGUACACCAUAAGAUGGAGAACUUCCAGAAAAUUGAGAAGAUUGGCGAAGGCACUUAUGGCGUCGUCUAUAAAGCUAAAGAUAGGACAACCGGCCUCAUGGUGGCACUGAAAAAAAUCAGACUUGACACAGAAUCUGAAGGGGUUCCAAGCACAGCUAUACGAGAGAUUGCUUUGUUAAAGGAAUUGGACCACCCUAGCAUUGUUAGAUUAUUGGAUGUGGUCCACAGUGAGAGAAAGCUGUAUUUGGUAUUUGAAUACCUAAACCAAGAUUUAAAGAAAUAUAUGGACAGCGUGCCACAUAGCCUUGCUCUACCACUAGUGAAGAGCUACCUGUGGCAGCUACUACAAGGCAUUUGCUACUGCCAUUCACACAGAGUGCUUCACAGAGACCUAAAGCCACAAAAUCUACUCAUCGACAAUGAGGGCAACAUUAAACUGGCCGAUUUUGGACUCGCACGUGCAUUCGGCGUGCCGUUAAGAACCUACACCCAUGAGGUGGUAACAUUGUGGUAUAGAAGUCCGGAGAUCCUACUUGGGAGCAGGUUUUAUUCCACUGCUGUCGAUGUUUGGAGCAUUGGUUGCAUAUUUGUAGAAAUGGUCAACAAAAAGGUUCUGUUUGCUGGCGACUCUGAGAUUGACCAGCUGUUCCGCAUAUUCCGUACGUUGGGCACGCCUGAUGAAACCAUCUGGCCAGGCGUAACCCAGCUGCCAGACUACAAGCCGAUGUUCCCUAGGUGGCCUGCUCAAUCAACAGCAGACCUCUGCCCAGGACUAAGUGCAGAUGGUCAGGAUCUUUUUCGGUUAAUGAUGCAAUACGACCCUAGCAAGAGGAUAUCAGCAAAAGCAGCCCUAGGUCAUCGGUACUUUAGUGAUGUGUCUAUGCAGACACCUCCAGCGCCCAUGAGAACUCAAAACUGAAAUGAAUGGCUGCUUACUUGGCGGUUGUUUGAUUUGAGGUAAGGUAACACAAAUAAUAUUAAUGUAUAAUGUGACACUUGUUUAUGGGUGGAAUACUUGAGCUUAUAACAUGUUUUCUAUGAUUUUCUUCUGGUUUUCACGUCAGAAAUGUAAUGGAGUUUAAAGAAAGAACAAGCAUGAAAGAAUGUCUAUUUCAAGAUGCUGACUAACACUCUUUUAUGUCACGAGUAUUAUGAUUUUCGCAGUAGUCGCUGUCUGUAUGCUUUAGCGUGUUGUUGUUAUACAUUCAUAUGAAUAAUAUUGAGUUCUACAAUUCAUAUGUGUGUAGUGUUUUUGUAACAUAGAUUGUAACAGGUGAUAGUGAGAAGCCAAAUGUAAAAUAUUAAAUCCUGCAGUGUAUAAUUUAAUUAAUAGCUACGAGUAGAAUUGCUAAACUUUGUAAUACUUGGUGAACAUGCAUAGUUUUUGCACAAAAUAGGAGUUCCACGUGGGAUAGGGUGGGAGGACAUAUUUUUAUUAACAGACUUAUUGGUUAUCUGUAAUGGUUAAUAUUUUAAUACUUAUUGUAAUAAUUUUGUAGCAAUAGAACCACCUGCCUAUUAUUAAUAACUGUUUUGAAAAGAUUUUUUCCUGGAUAUCUGGUUUUAAAUUAAAUUAAAUUAUAUGUUUGAUUUUUUAACCACGUAGUAGGUGUUUAAAGUCGUACCCAGGAUGCAUGUAUCUAUAGCGAGUUUGUACAGUUAUAAUUUAAAAAAAUAAAUGUUUACAUGAUAUGGUGUUGUAUUUUAAA